AAGUCCCCAUCAUACUGCAUCCCGCUCGUCUUUCUCUUUCUUCCCAUCAUCAUCUUCCUUCUCUGGCAGUCCAGUCUGCUGGCUAAUUCAGUUCAUCCAACCAUCAAUUAACUGGCGGCAACAAUGUCGGCCUACGAUCACUCAAAAGUAGCCCACUUCAUAGGCGGCAAUUCGCUGGAUAAAGCUUCUGCUGGCCGUGUUACGGACUUUGUAAAGGCUCAUGGGGGUCAUACAGUUAUCACGAAGGGAGGCUUACUCACUCUAACAGGCAUCGCGGCGGUCAAGGAGAUUCGAUCCAUCCGCCAAUGGAGUUACGAAACGUUUGGGACGGAGCGAGCUGUAGAGUUCACAGUUAUGGCAACUCCUGAGGACCUCAAAGUAAAUGCCGAGUACAUCCGCAUGGCGGACCAGUACAUCGAGGUUCCAGGAGGAUCGAACAAUAACAAUUACGCCAACGUUGACCUUAUCGUCGAUGUUGCCGAACGUGCUGGCGUGCAUGCUGUCUGGGCAGGAUGGGGUCAUGCGUCUGAAAACCCUCGACUACCUGAAAGUCUCGCUGCGUCCAAGAACCGCAUCGUGUUCAUAGGUCCCCCAGGAAGUGCCAUGAGGAGCUUGGGCGAUAAGAUAUCAAGUACAAUCGUCGCUCAGAGCGCGGAUGUUCCUUGUAUGGCUUGGUCGGGCACUGGCAUCUCGGACACUGUCCUAUCGGAGCAGGGUUUUGUGACCGUUCCUGACAAGGCGUACAGGAGUGCUUGUGUCACAAGUGUCGCGGAAGUCAUGAUUAAGGCCAGUGAAGGUGGAGGAGGAAAGGGUAUUCGUAAAGUCGAUCAUCCCGAUGCGUUCAAGAAUGCCUUCCAUGCCGUUGCAGGAGAGAUCCCAGGAUCGCCGAUUUUUAUCAUGAAGCUGGCUGGCCAAGCACGACACUUGGAGGUUCAGUUGCUCGCCGAUCAGUAUGGCAAUGCCAUCUCUUUGUUCGGGCGUGACUGUUCCGUUCAGCGUCGCCACCAGAAGAUUAUCGAGGAAGCCCCCGUCACCAUUGCAAAGGAGGAUACGUUUGAGCAGAUGGAGCGCGCAGCCGUCCGGCUGGCGAAGCUGGUCGGAUAUGUCAGUGCAGGAACAGUUGAAUAUCUCUAUAGCCAUGGGGAGGACAUAUUUUUCUUCCUUGAGCUGAACCCUCGUUUGCAAGUCGAGCACCCAACAACUGAAAUGGUUUCGGGCGUCAAUUUGCCUGCUGCCCAACUACAAGUAGCCAUGGGUAUUCCUCUCCACAGAAUCCGUCACAUCCGCACUCUUUACGGCGUAGCUCCUAAUGCCUCGUCCGAGAUCGAUUUCGACAUGGUGAAGCCUGAGUCGAAUCAGCUUCAGCGUAAACCGCGUCCCAAGGGUCAUGUCGUUGCAGUUCGUAUCACUGCCGAGAACCCUGACGCUGGAUUCAAACCUUCAUCUGGAUCUUUGCAAGAGCUCAACUUCCGUUCCAGCACGAAUGUGUGGGGUUACUUCUCCGUCAGCACGGCGGGUGGUUUACACGAAUUCGCUGAUUCUCAAUUCGGUCAUAUUUUCGCUUAUGGCGAGGAUCGAUCCGAGAGCAGGAAGAACAUGAUUGUCGCGUUGAAGGAGCUUAGCAUUCGCGGAGACUUCCGAACUACUGUCGAGUACCUCAUCAAGCUCCUUGAGCUCGAGGCGUUCACCGAGAACACCUUCACAACCGGAUGGCUGGACACCCUCAUCAGCAAUAAGCUCACCGCCGAACGUCCUGAUGCUACCCUUGCUGUCGUCUGUGGUGCCGUCACCAAGGCUCAUCUUGCUGCUGAAGCCUGCAUCAGCGAGUACAAGCGCAUCCUUGACAAGGGUCAGGUUCCUGCUCGUGACCUCCUCAAGACCGUCUUCGGUGUUGACUUCAUCUAUGAGAACACGCGGUACAACUUUACUUGCGCACGCUCCUCAAAAUAUGUGGACGCUUUUUUUGAACGUCAUUCCGUAUAUUGGAGAGAGGAAGUAGGCGCGCUGCGUCUCAUGGUCGACGCCAAGACGUGUUUAAUUGAGCAGGAGAAUGACCCCACGCAACUCAGAAGCCCGAGCCCUGGCAAGCUUGUCAGAUUCCUUAUCGAUAGCGGUGACCAUAUUAACGCUGGCGAGACCUACGCAGAAAUCGAGGUCAUGAAGAUGUAUAUGCCACUGGUAGCUGCUGAGGACGGCGUAGUUCAGUUUGUCAAGCAGCCUGGUGUCAGCCUUGAGCCUGGUGACAUUCUUGGCAUCCUCACCCUCGACGACCCUGCCCGCGUCAAGCAUGCUAAACCCUUCGAAGGCCUCCUCCCUCCUAUGGGUCUCCCUGGCAUCAUUGGCAACAAGACCUAUCAGCGUUUUGUUCGCUGCACGAGCACACUAAACGAGAUUCUUGAGGGCUAUGACAACCAGGCGAUCAUGGCCUCGACCUUCAAGGACCUCGUCGAGGUGCUGCACGACCCAGAGCUUCCUUACUCUGAGGUCAACACUAUCUUAUCUGCGCUUUCUGGCCGCAUGCCCGCAAAGCUUGAAGAGGGUAUCCGUGGCGCGAUCGAGACCGCCAAGUCGAAGAGUGACGCUCACGAGUUCCCCGCAGUGCGCAUCAAGAAAGUGCUCGAGCACUAUGUCCAGGAUUCCAUCUUGUCCCAUGACAAGGCAACGUUUCGCUCGCAGCUUGCUGCUCUAUAUGAUGUCUUGGAGCGCUUUAUGGGUGGCAUGAAGGGUCACGAGGUGCACACAAUCGCCAACCUGCUUUCUGCAUACGAGCAGACCGAAAAACUCUUUGGCGGAAGCAUUGAGGCUCGUGUCCUCAAGCUUCGAGAACAACACAAGGACGAUCUCGACAACGUUGUAGCGCUUGUGCUCAGUCACACGAAGGCGCAGAGCAAGGCGAAGCUAGUGUUGGCCAUGCUUGACUAUGUCAAGACAGGUGGUUUGCCUGUUUCGAAUGCAGAAAGCCGACUAUACCAGGUCCUGAAUGACCUUGCAGCUCUCGAAUCCAAGUCGUCCACCCCAGUUUCUCUUAAGGCUCGCGAGGUUCUCAUUCUCGGGCAGAUGCCGUCGUACGAAGAGCGUUUAAUUCAAAUGGAAGCCAUCUUGAAAGCGUCGGUCUCCUCGAGCGUUUAUGGCGAAUCUGGCGCUACUAACAGGGCUCCAUCGUCUGAAAUUUUAAGAGAGUUGAGCGACUCGCGUUAUACCGUAUAUGACGUCCUUCCUGCGUUCUUCUCGCAUGCCGACCCAGUCGUCACCAUGGCUGCCUUUGAGGUUUAUAUCCGACGUGCUUACCGUGCUUACUCACUUCUCUCCAUUGACUACGAGGAGGGCGAUGGUUCGGACGAUGGCGAAUCGCCGAGCGCUGCCACUUGGAGGUUCAACCUUGGUCAAUCUCACUCGCCACCGUCGACUCCAAGCGUCACUGCACCCGACCCUCGCCGUCAGGGCUCAGUCAGCGAUUUGACUUAUCUCAUCAGUCGCAGCCAGUCGCAGCCUAUCCGGAGCGGUGUUAUUUCGUCGUUCUCUGACUUUGCUGCCAUGGCACGAGGCUUCGAGAAGGUUGCCGACUUCCUGCCUAUAUUUGAUGUCGAAGAAUUCAGCCAGCGUUAUGGCAGCAACCAGCCGCCUAACGUGAUGAAUUUAGCACUCCGUAUCUUUGACAAGACCGACAGCAUCGCCGAAGAAGCUUGGGCAGAGCAGUUGACAAAGUUCUUGAACGAACGCAAUCCUGUACUUGUAAAGCGUGGUGUCCGCCGCGUAACGAUUCUCAUUUGUCGUCGCGGACAAUACCCGAUGUACUUCACCCUUCGCAAUUCCGGCGGCUCCUGGGUCGAGGAGCAAGCCAUCCGUAACAUUGAGCCGGCUCUUGCUUCCCAACUAGAGCUCAGCCGUUUGUCCCACUACAAGCUCACACCCUGUUUCGUCGAGACUAAGCAGAUUCACAUUUACCAUGCCGUUGCUCGGGAGAACCAAUUGGACAACCGCUUCUUCAUUCGCGCACUCGUCCGUCCCGGACGCCUACGUGGCUCGAUGAGUACCGCAGAGUACCUCAUUUCUGAAACCGAUCGUCUCGUUACCAGUGUCCUCGACGCACUGGAAGUCGUCAGUGCACAGCACCGCAAUGCUGACGUCAAUCACAUCUUCAUGAACUUUGUCUACAACCUUGCAGUCUCGUAUGAAGAUGUUUUGACGGCUAUUGCCGGAUUCAUGGAGCGCCAUGGAAAGCGGUUAUGGCGUCUCCAUGUCACUGACGGCGAGGGGAACGUUACCCCUAUUCGCUGCAUCAUAGAGAACGUAUCUGGAUUUGUAGUCAACUUCCAUGGCUAUCAGGAGAUUACAACGGACAAAGGCACAACUAUCCUGAAAUCCAUUGGAGAAAAGGGACCUCUCCACCUCCAACCCGUCCACCAACCGUACCCAACCAAAGAGUCGUUGCAACCCAAGCGAUACCAGGCGCACCUCAUCGGUACCACUUAUGUUUACGACUUCCCUGAGCUCUUUUCUAAAGCCUUGCACAACCUUUGGAUCAAGGCUCGUGCGACCGAUUCUUCCUUGAACUCGCCGAAGAUCACUCUGGAGGCGAAGGAACUCGUGCUUGACGAGCACGAUGAACUCGCGGAAGUUGAACGUGCUCCAGGAAACAACACCUUCGGUAUGGUUGCGUGGGUUUUCACUCUCAGGACACCUGAGUAUCCCAGCGGGCGCAAGGUGGUAGUGAUUGCAAACGACAUCACCUACAAAAUCGGCUCGUUUGGUCCCAUCGAAGAUCAGUUUUUCUACAUCGUCACCAAGUACGCUCGUGAACACGGCCUUCCUCGCAUUUACCUGUCUGCCAACUCUGGCGCUCGCAUUGGCCUGGGAGAAGAAGUGAUAAACCUCUUUUCGUGUGCCUGGAAUGAUGAUGAACACCCGGAGAAGGGCAUCGAUUACAUCUACCUGACUAGGGAGAAUUACCUGAAGGCUCAAGAGAAGGCUGCUGCGGCUGUGCGCACGGCUGAGCUGGAGGUUAACGGCGAGCUGCGCUACAAGAUCACCGACAUCAUAGGCUUGCAGGACGGUCUCGGUGUUGAGAGUUUGAAGGGAUCAGGUCUUAUCGCUGGUGAAACAUCACGGGCAUACGACGACAUCUUCACGAUCACGUUGGUCACCGCUCGAUCAGUUGGAAUUGGAGCUUAUCUCGUACGUCUUGGAGAACGUGCAGUGCAAGUCGAAGGCCAGCCUAUCAUCCUCACUGGUGCUCCAGCCCUGAACAAGGUGCUCGGACGAGAGGUAUAUACCUCCAACCUGCAGCUUGGAGGGACGCAGAUCAUGUACAAGAACGGUGUAUCGCAUCUCACCGCUAGCAGCGACUUGGAGGGUGUCACGCACAUCUUGCAGUGGUUAUCAUAUGUUCCAGAGUCGAAGGGCGACUCCCUGCCUAUUCGUGAAACUUCAGAUUCUUGGGAUCGCGACAUCGCCUUCACACCUCCCAAGGGCCCGUAUGAUCCCCGUUGGCUCAUCGAAGGCAAAGAAGAUGAACACACGUCGCAGUGGCUCCCUGGCUUCUUCGACAAGGGGUCCUUCCAGGAGACACUCGGCGGGUGGGCCCAGACUGUCGUCGUUGGCCGUGCACGCCUUGGUGGCAUUCCCAUGGGUGUCAUUGCUGUAGAGACUCGGACAAUUGAGCGCAUCGUUCCUGCAGACCCUGCAAACCCUGCAUCAUUUGAACAACGGGUCAUGGAGGCAGGUCAAGUUUGGUACCCCAAUUCUGCCUAUAAAACUGCCCAAGCUAUCUUCGAUUUCAAUCGCGAAGCACUCCCUCUCAUCAUCUUCGCCAAUUGGCGUGGUUUCUCCGGUGGUCAGCAGGACAUGUACGACGAGGUGCUCAAACAGGGCUCCAAGAUCGUCGAUGGGUUGUCCGCCUACAAACAACCUGUCUUUGUUUACAUCGUUCCCAAUGGUGAACUGCGCGGCGGUGCCUGGGUCGUUCUUGAUCUCUCGAUCAACCCGGAGAAGAUGGAAAUGUAUGCAGACGUCGAGGCUCGUGCUGGUGUUCUCGAACCGGAGGGUAUCGUUGAGAUCAAGAUGCGCCGAGACAAGAUCUUGACAUUGAUGGAGCGCCUUGACUCGACGUACGCAGACCUUAAGCAAGCCAGCAAGGAUGCAGCCAAAACCGUCGAGGAGAGAGCCCAGGCAACGCAGGCACUAGCCAGUAGGGAGGCCUUUUUGCAGCCCACAUACAAGCAGCUCGCUUUGCUUUACGCAGACCUCCAUGAUCGCUCUGGGCGAAUGGAAGCCAAAGGUUGUGCGAAGCCCGCUGUAUGGAAAGACGCCCGGAGAUACUUCUACUGGGCCCUUCGUGCCCGCAUCGCACGCUCCGACUUACUUGAGCAGAUUGAAGACGGCAACCCCGAAAUGGAGUCGGAGGAGCGCGCCGUGUUGUUGGAUUCACUUAUCCCUGCCAGUGACUUGUCCGACAAUCGUACUCUGGCCGAAGUCCUUGAGCAGCUCGACAUAUCGCCGGCCCUGUCGAAACUCAAGGCUGAUCAUCUACUCAGCCACUUUGCAGAGGUUGCAGAGGAAGACCGCAAGGCUUCCCUGGAUGGUCUCGCUCGGAUCAUCGAUAGUCUCUCGGAUGAUGAGAAGAUGUCCUUGCAAUCCGCCAUACAGAAUUCCGUGCGCUUUGCUGGACCUCCUUCGUACUCUAAUUAGAGAAAACCUGCUCUGAUAUUUCCUCGCUGUUUUCCAUGGUUCCUACUACGGCUUUACAAUACUCUCAUUGUUCACUCUGAUUAGACUUGACGCAUAAUACCUCGCAUAGAUCUCUGCACGAGUCUGAAAUGUUUUCCUAAAUCACCAGUUGAGUAGUUUAUGAACGACGAAUGUCAUAAA